CUGAUUUGGAAAUUGGAAAAAAUAAUAACCUCAAAUUAGUUAAUAUUAACUUUUUGAACGUAUAGAUUAGAAGUUGCGGAAUGAUUAGACAACAAUUUGCAAUAGCGUAAUUGUUUGGGCUAGUUCAUUGCAUAGAUAAUCAUAACGUGUAAGUAAACAAAGUACGGAAUUUAAUACAUAAUUGAAUUGGCAACUAUAGGUCUUAGGAGCUAGGGAGUUUGUUAUUAAAAUCUGUGGAUGUCGGCAAGAGACAAUGAGUAGCGAAGCUGCUAGGAAUCUGAAAGAUUUUUUACUGCAGUAUAAUAAAAUAUCAGAGAGCUGUUUCUCCCGAUGCAUCAACACUUUUGGACAACGUGAUAUGACUUUACACGAGAUCCAUUGCUCUGAUUUAUGUGUAAGCAAACACACUCAGUUGAAUCUCAAGGUUAUGUCUGUAUAUGUUGAAGUACAGCCUCAAAUAGUUCAAAAGCGAAUUGAAGAAAUGAAUAAAAAUCAACAAGCAAGUGAUGCACAAUCAAUACCAGUCAGUGAUAGCUCACAAACAGAAGUAGGUUCAGAAACAAUAGGCCAAGAAGCUACUGAAACCAGCUGAUCACCUGCUGGGCCCAGUGUGUUCUAGUCUUGUAUUGUCAAAUAAAAUGUGGUACUGUUACUGUUAA